AGCGUCACUUUUUCCUCAAACAAAUCCAUUUUCAAACACAAACCCGACCAUGAGCGCUUUGACCGGCGUGUUCCAGGAGAUGAGGCGGGAGGAGAAGUUGUGCGACGCUUUGCUCGACGUUUCCGGCGUUCGAUUCCCGGUUCACAAGCUCGUUCUGUGCCACUGCAGCUCGUACUUUAAAGCUCUCUUCACCCACUGGUCCAGCCCCGACCGCCGGGUUUUUCACAUCUCAGACGUGUCAGCUGACAUCAUGAAGGUCAUCCUGGACUACUGCUACACCGGGCUGGUCCACAUCACAGAGGAGAACCUCCUGGAGCUCUUUACCUCCGCUGACCACUUCGAUGUGAGUGGGAUUACCCGAGUCUGCUGUCGGGUCAUGAAGGAGCACCUCUCCCCCGGUAACUGCGUCGGAGUCUGGCGCCUCACAAACAUGUACUACUACCCCCAGCUGAACAAGCAGGUUUUCGUUUACAUCCUGAAGCAUUUCCAAGAGGUGGUGACCAGCUCUGAAGAAUUCCUCCUUCUCUCUGCGGAAGAGCUCCAUUCGAUCAUCGAUGAAGAUGAGCUGAACGUGGAGGAGGAGACCGUGGUGUUUGAGGCGGUCCUCAGAUGGGUCGCACACGCUCCUCAGGAAAGGGAUAAGCACAUGGUCGACCUCCUCCCGAAAGUCCGUCUGGCUCUGCUCCGCCCCGACUACUUAACUAACUGCGCUCGUAGCAACAGCGUGCUCCAGAACAACCGCCGCUGUAAGGCCAUGUUGAUGGAGACCAUACGGCUGAUGUUGGACGCCCGAGCUACGAGGUUGAAUUCCUCCCUGUUCCCCGCCCGUCUGGCCCGUCCUAGGCUGCCCCGUUCGUUCCUCGUGGCCAUCGGCGGCUGGGGGAGAAACGGACCGACCAACAGCAUCGAAGUGUAUAACAACCGCACCGAUCGCUGGGUGGGCGUGGCCAACAAUAACGGCGCACCACGAGCCUAUCACGGUACAGUGUUCCUUAACGGAUGCGUGUACCAGAUCGGAGGGUUCGACGGCGUUUAUCAGUUCAGCACUGUCCACAAGUACGACCUCGCCAAUCGCACGUGGCAAGAAGUGGCGCCCAUGCAUUCGCGGAGGUGCUACGUUAGCGUGUCUUUGCUGGACGGGUUCAUCUACGCCAUGGGGGGGUGCCAAGGACAUGUGAGGCUGAGGACGGUCGAACGGUACUCUCCAGAGACCAACCAGUGGACGAGGGUUUCGCCGAUGAACGAGGCGAGGAGCGACGCCAGCAGCUCGGCGUAUAACGGAAAGAUCUACAUGUGUGGAGGCUUUAAUGGCGAGCACUGUCUGGACACGGCCGAGCGCUACGACCCGCUGACCGACCAGUGGACCAUGAUCCCACAGUUGUCCAGCAGGCGCAGCGGGCUCGGCGUCGUCGUCUACGGCAACGAAAUCUACGCCGUCGGUGGUUUUUCUGGGACAAACCGUUUAAACAGCGCGGAGGCCUAUAACCCCAGCACCAACACGUGGCGCCCCCUACCCGCCAUGCUGAGGGGGCGCAGCAAUUUCGGCAUUGAGGUCGUGGACGGGCGGCUGUACGUCGUGGGCGGGUACGGCGGCCACUCCACCAUUCACUGGGUGGAGUGUUUUGACGCGAAAACCAGAGCGUGGACUGAGGUGAGGCGCAUGGGGGCCGCUCGCUCCGCCCUCAGCUGCUCCGCGGUGUACGACCUUCCCAACAUGGCCGACUACGCCACAAGCCACGCCCCUACUCCUCCUCAAGAUGAUCUCACUGAGGACUAA